AUGGCACCAGCAAAGCCCAAGGACAUAGUAAUCGUAGGAGGAUCCUUAAACGGCCUUCUGACUGGUGUCGCAUUGAAGCGCCUUCGCAAAGAUCUCAACAUCCGCAUAUUCGAACGCAAUCCGACGCCGCUUCUGCAGGAUCAGGGCGCUGGUGUGGUGGCCGGACAGGACGUACAAAAGUUCUUCAAAGCGCACGACCGCAGUCAAACCACGUUGACAAUCCCAAGUCACCAACGGCUAUAUCUCGAUAAGGAAGGCCACGUCAUAAGCCGUCACAAUCAGGAGCAGCGCAUGACAAGCUGGGAUCUGUUGUACCACCUCCUACGAACGAACUACGAUGGUACGGAGACCGACUACGCGAAGGUACCCACGACGGAAGAAGGGGAGGGAAAGACAUCGUAUGAGUAUGGGUGUACAGUUACGAGUGUUGCGGCACCAAAACCUGCAUCAUCUCUGGAGUUGGACUUCUCAGAACCUGUCAAGAUCACGGUCCAACACAAAUCCGGGGACACGUUUUCGACCGAAGCCGACCUUGUCAUCGCAGCCGACGGACCCAGCUCUAAGAUACGCGCCGAAUACUUCCCCGACGUCAAGCGGACGUACGCCGGAUACGUAGCAUGGCGCGGCACAGUACCCGAAACGCAAGUCUCACAGGCUGCCACCGAUGUCUUCGUCGAGAAGUUCCCAUUCUACCACACCGAGGGUAUCCAGAUACUAGCAUAUACUAUACCAGGGAAAAGUGGGACAACCAAACCUGGUGAGCGAUUGCUGAACUGGGUCUGGUACGUCAACUACAAGGAAGAAUCGCCGGAGCACGUCGAGCUCAUGACAGACAACGAGGGGAAGAGACAUCACAUCACAUUACCGCCGGGUGGAAUUAAAGAAGAUGUAUGGAGACGGCAAAAGGCCCUCGCGAAUGAGAUACUCCCACCACAAUUCGCUGAGCUUGUCAACAAGACUGAGGUACCCUUCGUACAAGCCAUCACAGAUGUCAUCGCGCCAUCUGCCUUGUUGGAGAACGGUAGAGUACUCUUGCUUGGCGAUGCACUUGCUGGAUUCAGACCACAUACAGCGGCGAGUACAAACCAAGCUGCCCUAGACGCGAUGAAGCUUGCUGGCGCUGUCGACAAGGUUAUCGAAGGAGGAGCAAUGGACGCGCUGAAGAAGUGGGAGGAAGAAGUAAUGGAGUAUGGUAAAGAGAUGCAAAGCCACGGUGUGCAGAUGGGGAACCGAAGUCAGUUUGGUGAUCAUCCGAUGCAAAGGUAA